AUGGUCGUGAAUUUGGGCCAUGUUAAAAUCGACACGACAAUAGCUACAACGGAAGAAGAAAUAAAUGAAGGCAUACAAGCCCUGCUGUCAAACACCUCAAACCAUAAUAGGUUGAUUGGUCUAGACAUGAUAACGUUUCGUGUGGCACCAGAACCAUCGUCAACAUCUGGAAAACCCUCAAACGCUGCUAUCCUCCAGCUAUAUGACUCAACACAGUGUCUUAUAAUCUGGCUUCAUUCCCUCCAUGACGUGCCUGAAUCUCUCUACAACUUCCUAAUCCUGCCGGCUUUUACUUUCGCGGGGUUUGGAAUAAAAGACACAAUUGCUAGCCUCAAGAAGGAUUAUGGCUAUGUGUGUAAGAACGUUCUUGAAGUUGGAAGGGCCGUGUGGACCUCCUAUAAAUGCGAUACUCAGCUCUUGCGUGAUGAGUUCGUGUAUAUGAGGAUACCACAAGUCAGUAGUAUCUCUAAACCUUGGGGUAGUAGUUUCGAACUAACGGAAGAUGAGAUCAAACUCGCUGUCUCGAAUGCUUUCUAUGCAUUUCGUAUUGCAAAGAUAUUGCUUAACAUUCGAUAA